AUGAAAGAUUAUGAAGAAAGCAUUGCACGUUUAUUAGGAGAGUGGGGUCCUUUUCAAAGACUGAUUUACAUUGUCUUGAGUCUUAAUUACGUCCAACAUGGAUACACGUCCCUGUCAAUGGUCUUCGUGGGAGAUACUCCUCCUCAUCACUGCAGAGUUCCAUCCCUGAACAGCAGCUAUGGAGGACUGGGCUACAAUCUGUCCAUCCCGACUGAGGAGCUGAAAGGGGAGACCAUCCUGAGUCGCUGCAGACGCUACACUGAACAGGAAGACUUUGGCUCUGUCUACAGCAAUGACACAGAGGGCUGUGUGGAUGGCUGGGUGUUCAGCAAGGACAGAUAUGUGUCCACUAUUGUCACUGAGUGGAAUUUGGUGUGUGAUGAUGCAUGGAAGGCUCCCUUUACAUUAAGUGUCUUCUUCUUUGGAGUACUUGUUGGAUCUUUUUGUUCAGGAAUUUUGUCAGAUAGGUAUGGCAGGAAGAUCAUUUUAAUCACAGCAAAGGUCUUGCAGGUUGUCCUCAGCUUCAUUCUGGCUUUCUCGAACAGCUGGGAAAUGUUCUGUGUGGUUUACUUUGGUUUAGCAGUAAUGACUACUUCCUCCUCUGGUGCUAUCUUUGUACUUGGCUCUGAGAUACUCAUUCAGUCAGCACGUGAGAGUUUUGGGAUCCUGGGGUAUGGUUUAGGUCACGCCACUGGCUAUGCCAUCCUGCCUCUCUUUGCAUACUUCAUUCGGGAUCGGAUGCUGCUGCAGAUAGGACUGUCUCUGGUCGGAUUUUUGUAUAUCCCCCUCUUUUGGUUCAUCCCAGAGUCCCCCCGCUGGCUCAUCACUCAGGGCCGGUUGCAGGAGGCAGAGGCCAUCAUUCGAGCUGCUGCCAAGAGGAACGGCAUCACGCCACCAGAGGAGAUCUUCCAACAAGAGGAAUCUGAGCACAAACCCAGCAGUCAGGACAAGUACACUUGGCUGGAUCUCCUAAAAACUUCAAAUAUGAGGAAUAUCACGGUUGUAAACAUCAUAAUCUGGAUAAGCAUAUCCCUGGCAUACUACGGCCUGUCCUUUAACACCUCCAAUCUGGAUGGGGAUCCGUAUCUCAACUGCCUCAUUUCUGCUGCCACAGAAUUUGUUGCUUAUGCUUUUGUGUGGUUCAUCGCACAUUACGCUCCUCGCCGGUUCGUGCUGCCAUUCACUCUCCUCCUUGGAGGGGCUUUGAUGCUGCUCAUCCAGCUUGUGCCUGAUGGUCUCAGUGGGUUGAUUAUAACCUUGGCAAUGAUGGGAAGAUUAGUUGUGACCGGGGCCUAUGCAUUUGUUUAUGUCUUUUACGCGGAACUCUUGCCAACUGUUGUACGAAACAUGGGAUUAGGUGUCAGCUCAAUGGCUGCCAGAAUUGGCAGUGCUUCUGCACCACACGUAGCCCAUAUCGGAACGUACAACAAGACACUGCCUUUUAUUCUGAUGGGCACAAUCUCUCUCUUCUCUGGUGGUCUGAGCCUGUUGUUACCAGAGACAAAAGGUGAAAACCUCCCAGAACUCAUUAGCCAUGUCAAACCUCUACAGUGUUACUGUCAUAAGGCAAGGUCUGGUGAUAGAAAUAGUCUGGGUGGAGAUGUGCAGUUGAGGAACGACGAUGAGCUGACGCCUACAAGAGGACCAGAAGAUGCUGUUGUCAAAUUUUGAUGAAACCAUUUAUGACACAUUAAGCACUGACUGUUUUGCAUGCAUGGACCUUGAAU